AUGGAAGCGUCGAGAAUAUUCGCUGGAAUUGAAGGUGGUGCAACGCACUCUCGACUUCUUUUUAUUGAUGAAACCGGUAAGCGAUAUGGUGAGUGGAGUCAGUCUGGCCUGAACUACUGUCUUGAUGGGUUCGAUGUGGUUGCUGACAGAAUAGCAAAAUGGAUUCAAAUGGCCAAAAAAGAAGUUGGUAUCGUUGGUCCCCUUGCAGCUGUGGGAAUGGGUCUUUCGGGAGCUGAAAAUGAAGAAAACAAUCGAACAUUAGUUGAUUUUUUGAAAGAUCAACAUGGCGACAUUGCUUUAGAAUUUUUGCUGUCUUCGGAUGCUGUCGUUGCAGUUGCUGCAUCAUUCCAAAAUGGUGGUGCGGUAAUCGUCGCAGGAACUGGUUCAACUUGUCGAUUAUUAAAGGCCGACAGCAGCGUUCAUGGUGUUGGCGGUUGGGGACAUCAAAUUGGCGACGGUGGUAGCGCGUUUUGGAUUGCAAGGAGGUUAAUGCAAUGUAUAUUUGACGAGGAAGAUGGGCUAUAUCCGUCGCCUCAUCCGAUUUCAAAAAUAAAACGAUUGUUUCUGAAGUUUUUUGGUCUGUGUGACAAAGCGGGUAUUUUGGAGAUUUUGUAUACCAAUUUCGAUAAAUCCAGAAUAGCAUCCUUCACUGCUCACGUAGCGAAAGAAGCAAAUGAUGAUCCACUUGUUCGACAUGUUUUCCGCGAUGCUGGUGAGCAGCUUGGCUUACACGUGCGAGCUAUUUCAAGAAAUUUCAAUGAGGAAAUGCUCGACAAUGCUCCGCUUCUACUAAUUGGUUCCGUAUGGCGAAGUUGGGAAUUGUUAAAAGAUGGUUUUAUAUGCGGACUCAAAAGUAAUGGCAGUCGAAUUAGACAAGUAACACUCUACACCCUUCCGGAAACACCUGCAUUAGGAGGUGCUCUCUUGGUAGCCAAAAAACUUGGUAAAAGAAUAGCCUGCGAGCAGAGAACUGUCGUAUUCGAAAUCCUUAACUUGUGA